CGGGCUUGGAUCCGCGCGUGCGCAAAGAGAGCGAGCCCCCGGGUCGGCACGCGAGUCUCCACGCGGUGAGGGCGACAUGGAGGCUUCGGCUUCUACUCCGCCGUCAACUUCAACCGAGACUUCAGUUUCGACUCCAGAGACCCCGGCCGGCCCGGAGCAGCUGGACAAAGAGCAGGUUAAGAAAGCAGUGGAGGCUCUGUUGGCACAUUCCAGAUCCAGGAAGAACGCAAAUGGAUUACUUCUGAAUGAGAAUGAAAAUUUCUUUUUAAUGGUGGUAUUAUGGAAAAUUCCAAGUAAAGAACUGAGAGUCAGAUUGUCUUUGCCUCAUGGUAUUCGAUCAGAUUUAGCAGAUGUUUGUUUAUUUACCAAAGAUGAACCCAAUUUAAGCUCUGAACAGACAGAGCGUUUUUAUAAGAAGCUUCUAAACAAGCAUGGGAUCAAAACCAUUUCUCAGAUUAUCCCCCUCCGAACUUUAAAAAAGGAAUAUAAAGCCUAUGAAGCCAAGCUCCGCCUCUUGGGUAGUUUUGACUUCUUCAUUACAGAUGCCAGAAUCAGGCGGCUCUUGCCCUCACAUCUGGGGAGGCAUUUCUACAACAGAAAGAAGGUUCCAGUAUCUGUAAACCUUCAGUCCAAGACUUUAUCUAGAGAGAUCAACGACUGCAUUGGGGGAACAGUCUUAAACAUCUCUAAGAGCGGCUCUUGCAGCACUAUCCGCAUUGGUCACACGGGGAUGCCGACUGAGCACAUCGUUGAAAAUGUCGUUGCCGUUGCAGAAAGGCUCUCGCAGAAACUGCCAGAGAAGUGGGAGAGCGUGAAGCUCUUGUUCGUGAAGACUGAGCGGUCAGUGUCCCUGCCUGUCUUCUCGUCCUUUGUCAGCUGUCAGGGCGAAGCCCAGGGACUCCACGCACGAGACCUGUUGAAAAAGGUAUCAAAGAAAAGCCGAAAGAAGAAGUCAAGAGCUCUUAAAAGACAGCAGGAGAAGAAAGAGAAGAAGCUUCUGAAGCAGGCUGGAAAGGCCAAACCUGCCCCGACGACAGACACGGUGGCUCCCAAAACCGGGGGUGCUCCAGCCCAGGACCCUGCACCCCAGAAGGAGACCGGUGGGGUGAGCGCCCUGCCUAAAGCACAGGACGAUUCUGAAGAUGAAAUCCCAUUGCUGGUGCCAUUGAAGGAAACUCCAGCUGCGGGAAGCACCAAGAUACAAAAAGCUGCCGCAGGAAAGAAGUCUCUGAAAAAGAGUCCUGGUCCCAGCACAGCUCGUGGGAAGAAGAGAAAGGCCUCCCCAGCCCUGGAGACCCCAGUAGCUGCAGAGACCAAGACCCCAGGGAAAGGCCCAGGGAAGAAGGCCAGAGUCAAAGAAGAGGUAGAGAAAGAAAGAAACUCUUCACUGGGGAAAAAAGACCCAAGACAGACUCCCAAAAAGCCAGAGGCCAAGUUCUUCACUACUGCUAGUAAAUCUGCAAAAAAAGCCCCCCGUACCCUGACACAGCGACCCAAAAAACCCAAAGUACGCCAGUCAACCUAAAAUCAGAGACUUAACCAGCAGGAAAUUCAGCUAUCCGAAGAGCUUGUAAAAAAAAUACCUGGGUUCUGACUCUGACCCCUGCUGUAACCUCAGAGUGAGGCCUACCUAGACUUCAAUAUAUUUUUUAAUACAUCCACAGUAAUUCUGAUCCAUAUUCGUGGGUGUAUAAGAACCAGUAGUUGAAAGUGAGUGCAUUUAUUUUGUUGUUGUUCUGUGUAUUUACUAAUAUAAUAGAGGGAAAAUACAGUGCUGCUUCGUGGUUGUGUUUUUUAUCAUUAAAGUGUCAACAUUUGUUUCACGACACACUGUUGGCAUUGCAUAUCUUGUUGGUGUUUUAUUUGAAUGCCUGUGAGAUAAUUCUUUUCUUCAUCUGCUGUCAGUCAUUUGUUCACUUGACAGCUCCGUAAUUUGUGCAGACGUAUCCAGAGCUUGUCUGCAGGCCACUGGUGGACUUGCAUGUGAAUCAGCCAUGGAACUGGUGACCAACUCCAGUUUCAUGGCCCCCAUGCUGAGGUGGGUCUUGGAAAAGACCCUUGAAUCAGAAAUAAAAUAAUUGAUUCCAUGGCCCAAGGUUCCAGAUCACUGAAUUAGCGUACAUUUGUUGAGGGAAAUUAACCAUCAUCAUUUAGAGAAGACCUGGAUCCAAUCCUGCACGCUGGAGGCAAGAAAAUACUUAUUUCCCAUAGCCUUUCCUUAUUCCUCCAGAUUACUCCUCACCCUACAUAGAUUUACUUACCUAGGGGAGGAAGCUCAGGAGAAAAGACUAUAAACUUCAGGUCAUUGUCAAACAUACCUGAGGCAGUAAAUUGACUUUGCAGGUACUUCCGCUGGAUUUGAACUGGAGUAUACGUCUCUAGUAGUAAGUGAUGUAGUUACUAGUACAGAAAAGAGAAAGUGAGGCAUGCUUUCAAAGAUCAUGUCAUUGAUGAAUAGAACGACUAAAGGAAUAAGAGCUUUAGGCGGUUCUCCAGGUUUUUAAAUCAUGAAAGCUUUUGAAACAGUUUUUCACUCCACUGUCAUUUUAGACUGUUUAAAGUGAGUACAUUACGUUUAAUGUAGGGGUUUAGCAUAAUUGAUUUGUUUACCAUAGAAAGUAGAUUCCAUGGGAAGGUGUAUUUAAGACUACAAACCUAUAAUUCAAAAAUAAAGACAAUCCAAUUUUUAAAAUGAGCAAAGGGUCAGAAUGGACAUUUGCCCAAAAGAUUCACAAAUGACCAACAAGCACUUGAAAAGAUGAUCAUCAUUAGUCAUCAGGAAAAUGCUAAUCAAAACCACAACGAGAUAUACCACUUGACCCUAAAGGACAAGAGGAAUGUGAAGAAAUUGGAAUGCAUUGCAAAUGGGAAUAUGAAAUGGUGCAGCUGCUUUGAAAAACAGUCUGGCCAUUUCUUCAAACAGCUUAAAACACAGAGUUACCCACAUCCAUUCCUUUGUAUACACCCAAGGACAUUAGGAACAUAGGUCCACAGAAAGAUUUGUCCUUGAAUGUUUAUAGCAGCAUUAUUCAUAAUAGAGAAGUAAAGCAACCCAAUGUCCAUCAGCUGAUGAAUGGAUAAACAAAAUGUAAUCUAUCCAUUCAAUGGAAUAUUAUUAAACCACAAAAAGGAAUGACUUACUGAUACAUUCCACAACAUGGACGCACCCUGAAAAUACUAUGACCUGUUAACUUCCAAGUCCGAACUUUCAAGGUGGGAAUGUGUGUUUGCAUGUGCAGUCAUGUAAGGUGGCUCACGUGUCUGGCAUAUAUUGUCAACGUGUGCAUCUUCUGUAAGUAGUGCUUUUAUGGACUGUAUAGUACUGUGUAGAGUACAGUAGUAUGGUAUCUUUAUUUCAAGCCCAGGGUGUCUGGAAGCAAGAGGGUGGAUAGAAUUGAAUCUAGUAAGGAACCAGAACCUGUGCCAACAACAUCAGGGGUGAGUGAAAUUGCAGCUCGCCCUCCACCUCCUAUUGCUGGUGAUCCUUCAAUGUUACUAUCUUCUCCCUCCGCCAUCAGUCACUCUUCUUGCCUGUUCACUCGAUGCCAGCCCCUUAAUGCCAGCUGUUGUACUGUCCUAGGUCCUGUACCAUAAGAUUAAAAAUAUUUGCCUUGA